AUGGCGGUGUUUUCAAUGUGCAAGGUGACUGUCUGGUCACUAUUGCUCGUCUCUUCGGCCACCUCAGAUUGCGAAGUGCCCAACGGGGACGCUGAGCAUCUGAGCCGCGGGUGCAGGUCUGGCUGCAGAGACUUGCCCGGCUCCUGCACGUCUCGACAUCAACUAGCCUCCCGGUCCGUUGCUGGUGCCAAGGAGGUUGUGCUGGGAACCGGGCUACUUCAGACCAAGCAAGGGACGAAAGCGCUGGAGAAGACGAGUUUCGAGGAAAACGUGUUGAACGUCAUGCAAAAGAUGGAGGAGGAGUUGAAAGAGCUCAAGAACGAAGAUGCAGGUCUCAAGGAGGAGCUUGCGCGCCUCGAGAGCUCCGGCGCCCAAGGGAAUGCCGAUGCGGCGGAGGUGCCGCGGACGCCUCGGGGCCUCGACCUCCAGGCGAUCUUGGCUCAGCACCAGAAUGCAAGCGAACGCAGAAGCAGCUGUCGCAAAGCAGCGCCGCUGCCUUUUGCGAGCGUUUCGGAAGGGAAGGAAUCGGAGACCCCGAUCUUGCAGCAGAAGCAGGCGAAGCAGGGCAACUGGAAGCUCGUGUUGAAGGUUGGCAAGACGGCGACUCUUGGAUUCUCCAGUCCGCUCUGGACCAACAGCGAGCUGCUGAACGAAGCUUCGGAGAUGGCGACAGCAGAGGAUGCCAAAUACAGCGAAUUCAACACGGAGCCUUUCAAGAAGAUGCGCAUGUGCAUCGGAAGCCCGCUGUCCAACUGCGUGGAUCACGCCUUCGAAACGAGGUACGACAGUGCGAAGGCCCUCUUCAGCGCCGGGUACAUUCGAGACGAAAGCGUGAAGCAGGACGAGAUUCUCAAGACCUUCGGCCCCGCGAAAGGUUCUUACCGAGAUUGUCCUAUGCAGAGGCCUGGCUUCAACAUCGAGUGCAGAGAUGGCAACAAAGCUCGCUGGGGCUGGUGUGCGAACUGCCCCUCACAAGGAUGCCAGAGCGACAGCGGCGAUGCGGACGCGGCCAUCGGCCUUGGAAUCGCUGGGCAGAAGACGGACUCCGAGCUGGGAGCUGGCUGGACCUCGUACUUCGCCUCCGGGGCAGGCACGUGCAGCGCGAACAGCAAGACCUUCAAGGCCGUUUGGCUCUGGGUCGAAAGCCUCACGAAGCCCGACCAGGCUAGCUGUGCAAGUGGACAGGUCAAGCUGAGGGAUUUCCAGCCAGCAGGAAUAGCUGAGACCUGCUGUCCCAGAUCGAAAGUGGCUUGUGCUGGUUGCGCCUCUUUCACGGGAGGCUCGUGCCAGAAAUGUGCCGAUGGCUUCAUCGUGCGUCACGGCAAGUGCAUGGCAUGCACGAGCUCAGGGGGCUGGCUCAAUGCAGCCGGAAAAUCAUGCAUGCAGCUGGCGGCGAGCGAUUGCAGCGACGAAAAGGUGAGGGGCCAGUCGAGCAACGAGGCUUGCUGCCAGUGCGGCGGCGGCUUCGCCACGCCGACGCCCUUCUCCUAUCCCAACAGCCGUUGGUCCCUCGACUCCAACAUCGUGAUGCAGCCUGAGCCCCGCACGGCCGAGCGCUACACCGUGGAUGCCAAGUGCGAGCUGGCGGCGCACAACCUGACCAUAGACAGCUCCACAGGAGAAAUCUCCUACAUGUCCGGUCGGGCCAAACCCACCGAGGCAUUCUCCUUCGAGUGCGAGGUCACAGCCCACCAGGCGACAGGAGUGAGUUUGGCUUCCGUCGUCACGAUCGCGGCGGACGUGCUCAGCUACAGCUCUGCUACGCUGCUGUUCCACAGCGACAAAGCAACCGAGAGGCCGCUGACAGCUGGAACCGGCUGGUCGAAGUUUGAAUUGGGCUGCGCGCCCGAGGUCAGUUGGCUGAGCAUUGCGCGAUCCGAUGGCACACUGAGCUACACAGCUCCGAGUGGGGCGUCUGGAGGGGUCUCCAUUGCCGAUGACAAGUUCUUCGGGCAGGAUGGGGCCGUCUGCGUCGUCACGGCCUGGCAAGCGCACAAGAAGCACCAAACCACGAUUGUGGCCAUCCGCCCACGACCGUGGCCUAAGCUGGAGUACGACUUGGAGGCCGUGUCGGUGAGUGUUGGCGAGGAGCUGCACCCCCUGAGCCCCAAGCCGCAUACGGAGCAGGGACUCAUGAAGCCCUGGACUUUCGGCAUGGCCUGCGGUGUCUGGCCCACAGGCUCGACGAAGUUCAGCUACGACCGCAUCUUGAAUAUGGGACUCCUUGCUGGCCACCCGAUUCUCGACAUCAGCUCGGAUGGAACCAUAACCGUGGCUCCGGCAAGCACACUGAGCGAGGUCUUCGAUGCACUUAGCGUGUCGGGAGAGCAACGCAAGGCCUUCACUUUGGGCUGUCGAGUCUACGGGAUCUUCCCGGAUCCGGAACUUGCCCCGGUAGAAGCGACGCUGACGAUUGUGGUGCAGGACACCGUGUGUUGGGUGCCGCAGCAGAUCAAGGGUAUCGGUCGGCCUGACCCCGACGCCAACACCGAGGCGCAGUGUCGAUCCCAAUGCCGUGCAGACGAGACCUGUGCAAACUACCAGUUUGACAGCCAGUGCGUCAGGUACGAUGUUCGCUCGGACGGGAAUCCGGUCACAGUCAUCGCCAAGGUCACAAAUUGCACCAACGAGGGCACAUGUAUGAAGGUGGCACAUUCCGAUUGGUACCUGGCCGGUACCUACUGCCCUCUCGGUCGAGAUGCAGUGUUGGGCGGCAUCGUCUACCUCCGGGAGCAUGUGACGCAGGAAGACAUGGUGUACCUGCGCGAGGGAUCCACGGGCGGCUGCAGUGCCGGCGAGUGGGCGUUGCUGGCUCCAUCAAGUGAAGACUUCGUUGACAAGGGUCUUGGCCUCUUCGAGCUCCGCGGCACGCGGCAGGCAUGCAUCCGCAGUUCCUCAGUGGAGCAUGCCCUCCAGGGGUGUCCCACGAAGCAGUUGGCCUGGAUCGAAGAGCAGGAAGAGGAUGAGGAGGGCCAGCCCUCUCUGGUGCUGGAUGACCCGGCGACCGCUCAGCUCGCCGACUUCUGGCUCCAUCCCUGCGACUGUGCACCCGAGGCCUGGGGACCUCAACUGCCAGUGGAUCCUCAGAUGUACGAACAUCUCCCGGCCAACAGCAGCAACCAAUUCAUCCCGACCCCUUACGUCAUCGUCACGGGGCAGCUUGUUUGCCCCUCGCGGCAACUGCUGGGAGGCAGCAACGGCGUGCACUUCCAGUCAGAGGAGGAGUCCGUGGAGACGACGGACUGCGAGGCCCGGUGCCGGGAGCAGUCGACCUGCCUCUUCUUCUGGCAUGGCUCGCAACACGGCGCAUCGACCUGCCGUUUGUUCACCGGCUGCGACAAUCUUGUCCGCGAGUUCAGCUUGGAAGGAGACCUCAAGGCCAUGCCGCGCAGCUCCAGCUGCACAGUGGCAGACGCAGCGAAAUGUUGGGCCGCCUCACUUCGCAGGAGUUUCCUGUCCAUGGACUUCAAUCCAAACGGCGCAAGCUCCGUGGCCGGUGGCGGGGGUGUCGCUCUCAAUCUGCCACCGAAGCCGGCAGCACCACCGUCAGAGGGAAUGGUUGCAUGGUUUGAGAGCGAGAACGCCGGAUCCGUCUGGCGCAGCUCCGUGGGCGAUUUCGAGGGCUAUUGCAGCAAGAAUAGCGUGUACCGGCGAGUCGAAGCUGGUCAUGGUGCCGACCGCCCCGUCACCUUCAUCGAAGGCUACGAAUCGUCCGGUUUCACCUUCGGAGACGUGCUUGCCCCGACCAACAGUGUGUGCUCUAUCACUCGCUACGCCAGGGGUCGAGAUGGAGGGACCCAUAGAAAACGCAUCUUGCAGUCCAAAAGUAGCAGGAAUUGGUUGCACGGCCACUGGUCAGGACAUGCGGGUGUCAUCUAUUACAAUGCUUGGGUCACGCCGAAGACCGCGUACAAGGAUGCACUUGAUUGGCUUGUGCUGUGUGGCACCAAUGGUGCGUCACGUGCCUUCGAUGGCAUGUCUUCGGGCACCCCAACCAACAUUGCGACUGGAAGCGCGAAAAAGUUCUCCGACACCGUACCUCUCUACGUGAAUCAUGGCACCGAUCAAAAGUCUGAUUUUGCGGUCAUGGAGGUGAUUACCUGGGACAGGGUGUUGUCGGAGGCGGAGAUGUUGGCCACCGUCGACUACCUGAAGUGGAAGCUGAGGGCAGGCGCCGUGCUUGAGGCGUCGGAGCACCUCGCCACCGAAUCUCAACACAAUUUGGAUUCUUGGGGCGUCCAGGACUUAAACGACAUGGCAUCCAAGACUACCGAAGUCACCUUCGCCAACGGCUACAAAGCAGACUUGACUGGCUGGACCAACACUCGGCAGUACGCACGAGGAUUUAUCAUAAACAAAGGCGUGUCCACUGCAGUCGUGAAGGGCUUGGCGCCAGCAGCGCAAUACUUGUACCAGAUCUACAUGGUGCAUGAGAGGUCCGACUGGCAGGGUGAAGCCUACAUAUCCGUGAACCACGGUGUGCAGGGCCGAGGCUACGGCAAUUCCCUCAGCGAAGCCAAGUUCUCCGGGGUGGCCGUGGCGUCGCCCAGGGGCGAGAUCAACUUCGAGUUCGCCCGCAUCGCCAAGCACUGCCACCUCACCAGCAUCGCCAUUGCGAAAGUGGGGCCAAAAGCAACUCUUGCCAAGCCUGCGGACCCUCCAUCACAGGGCAUGUAUGCCUGGUUCAAGAGCGAGGACGCCGGAUCCGUCUGGCGCAGCUCCGUGGGUGAUUUCGAAGGGUAUUGCAGCAAGAACAGCGUGUUCCGGCGAGUCGCUGCUGGUUAUGGUGCAGACCGCCCUGUCACCUACAUCGAGGGAUACGAAAAUUCCGGCUACACCUUCGGAGAUGUGCUUCCCCCGACACACAGUGUGUGCUCCAUCACUCGCUAUACCGGCGACCAUAGAAAACGCAUCUUGCAGUCCAAAAGUGGCAGGAAUUGGUUGCACGGCCACUGGUCCGGACAUGCGGGUGUCAUGUUUUACAAUGCUUGGGUCACGCCGAAGACCGCGUACAAGAACGCGCUUGAUUGGCUUGUGCUGUGUGGCACCAAUGGUGCGUCACGUGCCUUCGAUGGCAUGUCUUCGGGCACCCCAACCAACAUUGCGACUGGAAGCGCGAAAAAGUUCUCCGACACCGUACCUCUCUACGUGAAUCAUGGCGCCGAUCAAAAGUCUGAUUUUGCGGUCAUGGAGGUGAUUACCUGGGACAGGGUGUUGUCGGAGGCGGAGAUGUUGGCCACCGUCGACUACCUGAAGUGGAAGCUGAGGGCAGGCGCCGUGCUUGAGGCGUCGGAGCACCUCGCCACCGAAUCUCAGCACAAUUUGGAUUCUUGGGGCGUCCAGGACUUAAACGACAUGGCAUCCAAGACUACCGAAGUCACCUUCGCCAACGGCUACAAAGCAGACUUGACUGGCUGGACCAACACUCGGCAGUACGCACGAGGAUUUAUCAUAAACAAAGGCGUGUCCACAGCAGUCGUGAAGGGCUUGGCGCCAGCAGCGCAAUACUUGUACCAGAUCUACAUGGUGCAUGAGAGGUCCGACUGGCAGGGUGAAGCCUACAUAUCCGUGAACCACGGUGUGCAGGGCCGAGGCUACGGCAAUUCCCUCAGCGAAGCCAAGUUCUCCGGGGUGGCCGUGGCGUCGCCCAGGGGCGAGAUCAACUUCGAGUUCGCCCGCAUCGCCAAGCACUGCCACCUCACCAGCAUCGCCAUUGCGAAAGUCAUAAGCACACCAGUGGGCUUGCUGCAGGAGGCGGGAAGGGCUCCUGUAUCCCAAGCUACAAACCUGAACCCCAAGAACAGCUUGAAACAUGGGCGCAGGGGUUAUCGACAGCUCCCUCUUCAAGGGGCAUGCUGCUAUCAUGAAUCUGUGGAGAAACUCUGGCGACGUGCAAGAGGGUCCCAUAGAACGGGGCGGCAUCUCAAAGCACGCAGAGCCGCCCGAAUCCUAUUAGCCCAGAGCACUUCGAUCCUUCGACCUUAUGUUUGUGAUUGCUGGUGUCUGUUCCUGAACACGCUUGAUGCAACAAUGGGCUCAUCGCUGUGA